UCUCUCUCUCUCCGUCUUCUUCCGCUCAUCUCCACCUCUUCCGCUCACCUUCGCGGACCGAAAGCUAGGGUUUUUACGGGCACCCAGUUCGGGACUCCGGAAGAUGAUGCGGUCCCUGGAAGAAGCUGUAGACUCCGCCGCCUCGAUCUCGCGGCGCGGCGGCGGCGGCGGCGUCGGUUUUGCCGCCGCCGAGGGGAGCUUCGCCGGCCCGGCCGUGUACGGCUGGCUCUUCGAGUGCCAUGGGUUCUGGCACAACGUGCUGCUGGUGGCGUCCUCGCUCGCGUUCGCGCUUUACCUGGCCGCCCAGGCGAGGAAGAGCUUCUCGAAGCUGUCGAGCGAGAGGUCGUCCAUCAUGCUCGCCUACUACGGUUGCCUCUGGCUCGUUAGCUUGCUCAACCUGACUUGGUGCUCUCUACAGGCAUGGGAAUGCACUCCUGGGAAGGAAGUAGCCUGGAACAUCUUGUCUUUGUUUACAACGUCUGGAAUGCUUUUUCUCGAAGUAAGCUUGGUGGCUUUCUUGCUUCAAGGGAACUCGGCAAGCGGGUUGCAUGCACUUACUCGUACAUUUGUUGUCUCGGGGCUCGUUGUUGGUUUGGAUCUUCUUCUCAAGGCAAUUUAUCUUUUCGCAUUUGGAAUCCCUUUGUUUGUUGAUGACAUUGAAAAGCCUCAUAAGGUUAAAUGGGGGUUGUGGGUAGUCCACCGACUGGUGCUUACAGCUGUUUAUGGUUCUAUAUUGUUCAUGUAUCACUCCAGGUGGAGAGAAAGGCUACCUGCUAGACCAGCGUUUUACAGGUAUAUAAUCAUCAUGCUCAUCAUGAAUGCGCUAGCUCUAUUUGCAUGUGGCCUAACUGGCAAUGGAGCGGGCUUUGGGUUGUGGUUAUACGGUGCCACAAUCGUCUGCUAUCAUGCCUUCUACCUUCCCCUUUUGUAUGCCACAUUUCUAGCUGACUUCUUCCAGGAGGAGGACUUGCAAUUGGAGAAUGUGUACUACUCCGAAAUGAAGGACGCGGGUUUCUUCGAUGGAGACUGGGAGUGAUCAAGUCACUUCAGAUCGUGAGUAGCUGUAUCAUGAAAAUUGUAGAUAAAGAGAGUAAAUAUUGCCCGAUGGCAGAACGCCCACAAUGUAAUGUGUAAGAUGUGAUCCAUUUUUGUAUGGGAUUAGGCUGUGCAUCAAUGUUGUGAAAUUGUUAACAUGCCUCAUUGUCAUAGGUCGUGGACGGUCCCUGGUCGAGUCGAUAACCAUUCUCCAUCGUGUAUAAUUUCAUCUUCUGCUGUAGACUGGAUAUCUGGCUGUUGUUGCCAUCUGUCAAUAUGAUGAUAAGCAUGUAGAUACUUGUGGAA